AUGGGCGACAACGCCGCCGCAUCGGACCCUCCUUCAGGGACCGACUCACCUGCGCAGCGGGCCACGCCUCGUAUGACUCCCAAGAGCAGCGCCGCCAACAACAAAAGAGUCGUCAGGAUCCUCAUGCUCCAUGGCUUCACCCAGUCCGGCCCGCUCUUCCGCGCCAAGACGCGCGCGCUCGAGAAGCUGCUGGCCAAGGCGCUCGCGCCCGCCGGCCUGGUCCCCGCCCUGCUGUACCCGACCGCGCCGAACCGGCUGUCGCCGCGCGACGUGCCGGGGUACCAGCCUCCUCCGCUUGGGCCUUCGACUGGCGCUGUUGCUGGGGAGGAAGGUGAUGGUGGUGAUGGAGACGAAGGCGAGAUGGAUGCCUGGGCGUGGUUCCGCCGGGACGAUGCCAGCGGGCGGUAUAGGUUCUUGGAAGAGGGCAUGGUGCGGGUGGCGGAGGCGGUCAGGGAUGGUAGCGGUGGGAUCGACGGGGUGAUUGGGUUCAGCCAGGGCGGGUGCAUGGCCGCGAUGCUGGCGUCGGCGAUGGAGGAGGGGCGGGCGGUCGGCGCGCCGGAGCAUGAGCGGUGGGUGAGCGCCGUGCGGGCGGCGAACGGUGGCCGGCCGCUCAAGUUUGCCGUCAUCUACAGCGGGUUCUACGCCGUGCCCGAGGACUUGGCAUGGCUGUACAAGCCGCCGAUCAGGACGCCGACGCUGCAUUUUCUGGGGAGUUUGGAUACCGUCGUGGACGAGAGCCGCAGCCAGGGCUUGGUCGAGCGGUGCCAGGACCCCGUGGUGCUCACGCAUCCCGGCGGCCACUACGUGCCAAUCAGCAAGGAGUGGGCGAUGCCCCUGGCCGGGUUCAUCAAGAAGUGUGUUGAGAGCGCGGGCGACGGAACAAAGCUAUAG